GGUGGCCACAGGUUUGCUGAUCUGCGGGUGGAUUCCGGGAACUGAGAUCACCUGCUGUCUUACCCGCUCUCCUGCCUGCUGUGCCUGAUCACAGUCAUGCUGCCUGGGGGGCAGAAGAGGAAGCUCCACACCCUCUCAGAAGAGAAACGCCACCAGGACCGAGGUGGGACCCAGGCGCCAAAGGGUGCUCAGGCCCCGGCAACCAAGCAGGAAGCAUUCCCCUCCUCGUCCCCUCCUCCUUUUGGUGUUAUUACCCCUCAGGGAAAGCCUGGUGCUAGCUCCCGUAGCCCUCUCGACUGGCCUCAGAGAGCUCUACCCAGCACCACUACGUCUGCAGGUGUUUCUCGCACAAGAUCACGUGAAGGAGCCAACUGCAAAAUUGAGAAGAAACGAAGUUCCUGCGAGGCCCCACUCUCCAUUGUGCAGUCUCCAAGAGACCCUCUGAGCAAGAUGACGGGUAUGUUGGUGCAGUUCGUGAUGCACAUGUACAAAAGGAAAAAGCCCAUUAUGAAAGCAGAUAUGCUGAAGAUUGUCAAUAAAAAGUACAAAAAUCGCUUCCUUGAGAUCCUCCAAAGAGCUUCUUUCAGUAUGGAGGUGGUAUUUGGUGUUGACUUAAGGGAAGUAGAUUCUACCAAGCGUUCCUAUAUCCUUGUCAACAAAAUGGACCUUCCCAACAAUGGGACCGUGAACCGUGGCAGGGGCUUUCCCAAGACCGGUCUCCUAAUGAAUCUCCUGGGUGUGAUCUUCAUGAAGGGCAACUGCGCCACUGAGGAGGACAUCUGGAAAUUCCUGAAUAAGAUGAGGGUAUACGCUGGGAAGAGGCACUUCAUAUUUGGGGAGCCCAAGAAGCUCAUCACCCAAGAUUUGGUGAAGCUUAAGUACUUGGUAUACCAGCAGGUGCCCCGCAGUGACCCUCCGUGCUAUGAAUUCCUGUGGGGCCCAAGAGCCCACGCUGAAACCAGCAGGAUGAAAGUCCUGGAGUUUUUGGCCAAGAUUAAUCAUACAGUCCCCAGUGCCUUCCAGUCUUGUUAUAAAGAGGCUUUGAAAGAAGAGGAAGAGAGAGCCCAAGCCACAGUUACACUAAGGGCUGACACCAGUGCCAUGGCCAGUGUAUGUUCCGGGCCAUGUCUAGCAGCUCCUCCCACAUCCAGUGAAGUUGAGGCAGAGAGCGGUCAGUGUUCCAAGUAGUGGAGGGCUGGGUGUGACUGAGGGAACACAGUGUAUAAUAUCUGUGUGUUCCUGUUCUAUGUGGGUACUUUGGAGAUUUACCUGUAUUUUUCGCCACUUUUCAAAUGUUGUUACUUCUCAGUGAAGUUUUAUCCAGCAUUAUAAUCUAAGUUUAUGAAUUAUAUUGGUCACACUGAUUGUUAUUUGUCAGGUUUAAGAGUAAGAGUUGUGCUGUUUUGUGACAUGAAUUGGGAUAACUUCCAUCUUAUUUAGUAAUCUGGUGCAAGCUAACCUGGCACUGGAAUAUGCAUUUCCUCGAAAAUGUGAAAAAAAUUAGGCAGUAAAGUAUAUGCAAUCAAGACAGAGAAAAAGCAUAAGAUGGUCAACAUGUGGCUUCCUAAUCCCUUUUACUGUGUUUUUAUGAAAUUAUAAAUAACAGUAUGUGCCUGACUAAUGUAAGAAUAUAG